UUUUCUAUCCACUCUGGUCUCUCCCCUCUGCUGGCCUGCCUGCCUGCCUGCCUUGCCAACCGAGCCAUUCGGUCUGACCUUCCCAGACUUAUUUCAUCCAAAAGAAGAAAAAAACUACUUCAGAUUUCAGAAUGUCGGCUUAUAAUAAGUCCAGCAGUUACACUGUGAGGAGUUCUUCUGGCCCACGGAGCUUCAGCAGUAAUUCCUAUGCUGGACCAAGUGUCUCUUCCCGGAGGAGCUACAGUGUCAAGAGUUCCUUCGGAGGUGGCAACAGGGGCUUUGGAGGAGGUGCUGGCAUCUCCAGCACCUCUGCCUAUGGCCUGGGCUCAAGCAUGAGUAGCGCAGGCAUGGGCAUGGGUGGAGGCUACGGCGGUGGCAUGGGUGGAGGCUACGGUGGUGGCAUGGUUGCUCAGGCCCCCAUCACCGCCGUGACUGUGAACAGGAGCCUGCUGGCCCCCCUGAACCUCGAGAUUGACCCCGCCAUUCAAGUUGUCCGCACCCAGGAGAAGGAACAGAUCAAGACUCUCAACAACCGAUUUGCUUCCUUCAUUGACAAGGUCCGCUUCCUGGAGCAGCAGAACAAAAUGCUGGAGACCAAGUGGAACCUGCUGCAGGGACAGACCACCACCCGCUCCAACAUCGACGCCAUGUUUGAGGCCUACAUCUCCAACCUGCGCAGACAGCUCGACAGCCUGGGCAACGACAAGAUGAAGCUGGAGGCUGACCUGCACAACAUGCAGGGCCUGGUGGAGGACUUCAAGAAUAAGUAUGAAGAUGAGAUCAACAAGCGCACAGAGUGUGAGAAUGACUUCGUCCUCAUCAAGAAGGAUGUCGAUGAGGCCUACAUGAACAAGGUUGAGCUGGAGGCCAAGCUGGAAAGUUUGACAGAUGAGAUCAACUUCCUCAGGUCGAUCUAUGAGGAGGAACUGCGUGAGCUCCAGAGCCAGAUCAAGGACACCUCAGUCAUUGUGGAGAUGGACAACAGCCGCAACCUGGACAUGGACUCCAUUGUGGCUGAAGUCAAGGCUCAGUAUGAGGACAUCGCCAACCGCAGCCGCGCAGAGGCAGAGACAUGGUACAAGACCAAGUAUGAGGAGAUCCAGACAUCCGCCAGCAGAUAUGGAGAUGACCUGAGGGCUACCAAGACAGAGAUUGCAGACCUGAACCGCAUGAUCCAGAGACUGACAUCAGAGAUUGAUGCCGUCAAGGGACAGCGUGGCAACCUGGAGGCCCAGAUCGCUGAGGCUGAGGAGCGUGGUGAGAUGGCAGUGAAGGAUGCCAAGUCCCGCAUUAGGGACCUGGAAGACGCCCUGCAGAGAGCCAAGCAGGAUAUGGCCCGCCAGAUCAGAGAAUACCAGGACCUGAUGAACGUCAAGCUGGCUCUGGACAUUGAGAUCGCCACUUACAGGAAACUGCUGGAGGGAGAGGAGGACAGGCUGGCAAAUGGCAUCAAGGCUAUCAACAUCUCCCAACAGAGCACAAGCUACAGCGGUUUUCCCAUGGACAGCAUGAAGAGCAGCUACUCAAGUGGCUACUCCAGCGGUUUCAGCAGCGGAUAUGGUGGCGGCAGUGCAUAUGGCAGCGGCAGCGGAUAUGGCAGCGGCAGCGGAUAUGGCGGCGGAUUCGGCAGCAGCUCGGGCGGCUUCAGCAGCGGCAGCGGCUACAGCACCAGCACCCAGAGCAAGAAGAACGUCGUUAUCAAGAUGAUUGAGACCAAGGAUGGCAGGGUGGUGUCUGAGUCCUCCGAGGUCAUUGAGGAUUGAGCUGUCUAGUUUAGAGGUGUAGCUACCUGUCUGCUAUCUCCUCUCUGGUAGUUUUAUACUCACAGUUCACCCCCAGCACCCCUCAACUAUUGUAAUAAACAAGUCUGAAGUAAAACGCUUGCCAUCCACUCUCCAGUUGAGCCUAAUUGUUUUUCAUGAAGCAAUAAAUGAUCCUAACAUUACCAAAGAUCUGAAAGGGACCAAAGAAUUUAUUUUGUAUGUCUGAUGUCUGACUGUCUGUACUAAAAAAGUAGUUUUGUCUCAGAAAGAGAGCUAAAAACUGGGCGAAUUGCAACUUCGAAAAAAAGUACUCAUACAUACACUCCCUUGAAAUAAACACAACAGCUAUUCCAUACACGGAAGGCUGUUUCAUUCAAAACGGUGUUGCAUCAAAUGGACUGUGGUGUGAAGGAAUGUGAAUGUAAUGAAACAGUGCUUCAGCAUUGAUGGUCAACUAAUGUCUUAAAAUUGCCUGCUACAGUAGGUAGUGCAUGUCUUCCCUGUGCGUGUCCUGUAACUGAAACUGUUCGACCCCUUAGGAGGCUGCCCACGUCAAACUGUUGUCCUGAGGUGCUGUUUUUGCUACCAAUAAAAAUGUGUUUACUGAAAAGAAAA